AUGGUUACCACAAUUGACGACGAUCGCAUUGGUUUUCGUCAUGUCUUGCUCAAGCUGGCUCUUUCUAAAAAUCUGUUUCUUCUGAUGCGGUUCUUCAGGGCAUACUUGCUCUCUCCGCUUACCAUCCGUCCGACGGUGGCGCCGGGAUUGAACAUAAUUUCACUGCGAUCAAUGCUCUCUCAGCAUCUAUACGCGUAUCAACAGAGCCCCGCGACCGAUUCUAUCAGCUUGCCGAGCAUGAUCUUGGCCAUCUACGGGGUAAACUUGCUUUUCGCUUUGCUCCUGUGGUAUGUUUCGAGUCGCGCGCGCGAAGAAUCAUUCGUUACGAUGAUUGCGACGUUUGAUGUGCUGUUGACAUUGCUACUCCUUGGGGCUAAUUUGUCGCUACUUGAUACGAUGUUCAACACUUCUGGAUCUCGAUGGACCAUGUUCUUCUGUGGCGCGAAAGAGAUUGGCAGAUCCAUCUUUGCCGGCACCCACAAUUACGACGGCGAAUCGGCAUUCCUACUUGACUGGGUGUACGGGCAAGAUACACUUAGCAUGUUCAGCUUGCUGUUCUGGCCACGGAAAGACAUAGCACGACGAAAUCGUGGAAAAGAUCUCUACCUUUUGUCCAACAUUGAGGACUCUCCUCAUCGCAGGCUCGUUAUGGGAUGUUUGGGCUGCUCGAUUGAGGUGAUGAGCAUCGUAUCGAGACUGAACGAGACGAUCCCAACGGACGACAGUGUGAAGCCUGCUCCAUCUCAUACUGAGGCUCUUAGACCUUUCGAGCAGCGCCUACGAUAUCUUCACCAGUUUAUGACACCUCAAGGUCCCACAUUCUCAACCACCAGUAAUCAGUCUAGCAUUCUAGAUACUGCACAACUCUACCACACCGCGGCCCCGAUCUCUCUUGAGAGAGCAUGUCGGCGAAGGCCAAGAUGCGCCCCUGAAGUAGAGCAUCUACUCGAAGCCGGACUCACGAUUCUGCAAAGGUUCAAGUCUGCACAGUCGUGUGGCCAUUGUUCAUCAUCGCAUGUGAAGCGGAGACCGAUGGACAGCGGAAAAUAG